AUGGAUUUUAAUCUGGCAAAAAAUUUAGCUCAAGAAUAUUGCCAAAAACGCAGUAUACGAUUACCUGUCUAUCGAACAAUCUUACAGACUGGACCAAGUCAUUCUCCAAUAUUUCAAGCGGAGGUUGAAAUAGAUGGAACGAUCUAUGUUGGCGAGAUUGCUAACAAGAAACGUGACGCAGAAAAACAUGCUGCCGUUAAAGCGAUGAUCGAGAUUAGGCAGAAGAAAAUGAAUAAGGCAGAAGAAAAUGUGGUAUCAAUUAUGCCAAAUUUAUCUAUUAAAACUGGGAAAGAAAAGGUGGAAGCCGUUGCUUGCUCCGUCUGUUUAUGUCCUAUUGCUUGUGGGUCAGAUGUCCCCCUAAUCGAAUGUUUACACAAUUUUCAUACAGAAUGUUUACAGAAAUGGUUAGAAACUAAAGAAGAAUGUCCUUUAUGCCGAUACAAAAUUAUGAAUGCCGACGAUCGGUCUUUCAAAAUACUACGAAAUUAG